UAGUUCAAUACUAAUAAGACUACUCGUUUUACUGCAAAUAGGCCAUUAAUUUCAACCUAAUAAGGAUAGGAUUAGUCCCCAUAAUCUACCAUUAAACAUGAUACAGUCUCUAAUCAUUAAGCAUAAAUCAUAAGAUAUGGUGUUUCAUGAAUUAAAAAUGGACCGCACAUAGUACGGUAGAAUGCAUACCACGUCCUAAUAAUUAAUCACUAACGUGCUUCCAUUUAAUCAAACUCUGUAUCAUACAUUAUUUCACCCAAUUUUACACUCCAAAAUUUAACCAAAAAAAAUAUAACAAAUAAAGCUGGUCUAUUCUUGAUGCACAAAAUUAAACACAUUGACUUUUUUUCAUGGGAAGAAGAACAAGGACCAUAUUGCUAACAUUGGCGCUAUAUGCAACUCUACUCUUUACCACCUCCAAUGCCCAAGCCAAGACUCCCUUAUUCGUGUUCGGCGAUUCGCUCUACGAUGGCGGUAUGACCUUGUACAACGGUAUCGAGGGGGCCGGUGCCGAGUUUUGGCCUUAUGGUGAUACUUACUUCAAGAGACCUGCUGGGAGGUAUAGUGAUGGUCGUGUAAUCCCAGAUUUCUUAGCUCAAUAUGUGGGUUUGCCAUUUUUGCGGCCAUAUUUGCAACCAGGGCUUGAGGACUUUACCCAAGGAAUUAAUUUUGCAUCUGCAAGUGCUUGUGUGCUGGUUGAAACUCGUCCAGGAACGAUAAAUUUGGCAAGGCAAAUGUACUAUUUCAACCAGAUGUUUCAUCGAUUGAAACUACAAGUUGGAGAAUUUGAGGCUAAUAAGAUAAUAUCCAAAGCAGUUUACUUGUUUAACAUUGGAGGAAAUGACUUAUUUAGCCUUUUCGAGACGAAUAGGGAAGGAUUCCCUCUCUCCCCUUUUUUGAAGAGAGACUACGUGAACCAGAUACUUGGUAACCUUACCAAUCACAUUUACACAAUCUACAGCCAAGGAGGAAGGAAGUUUGCGUUCCAAAAUGUAGGACCUAUUGGGUGCAUGCCAUCAAUGAAGUCUAUGCUACACUAUGAUGGAAGUUGUCUCGAGGAGCCAUUAGAGCUAGCCAGGAUGUACAACGCUGAAUUCGCGACACUAGCUAAUCGAUUGCAAUACCGUUUACCAGGGUUCAAAUACACAAUAUAUGACUUCCACACCUCCUUGCACAUCCGUGUCUUAAAUGGCAAUAGAUUUGGAUUCAAGGAAAGUGAAACAGCAUGUUGUGGAAGUGGACCCUUCAACGGUGGCUUCACUUGCCAGAAGGAAGGGCAUAGCUUCUCAAUUUGUAGCAAUCCAGCCGACUAUUUAUGGUUCGAUGCAGGGCAUACUACCGAUAGAGCUAACGAGCAAUUCGCGAGUGAAUUUUGGUUGGGAGGACCCAACGUCGUUGCUCCUUAUAACUUGCAGAGUUUCUUGGCCAUGAGUUGAUUAAACCUCUUCACAUAGCUAGUUGCAACUGACCAAGCAAAGGUCCAUCUGCUCAAUUAGACCUCCUACUAUAUACUCCCUUCAUUUGAUAAUUAUAAUCUAUAUUUUGCAAGUUUUGGCAAAAGAAAUUUACAUUACACAAAUCACUAGUAUUAGGGCUAGUAAUAGAAUAGUUGUCCAGGUGAACAUGUACAAUUGUGUCAUAUUCUUCUUAGUCACGAGGUUUCAACCGUGAGAAAAAAUUUUCAUUUUUUUUUUUUUUUUUUUUUUUGUGUGAGAGAUCCACAAUCCCAGAAUCCACUGAAAUCGGGAGGGAAUGUCUAACCACUUGAGUUAUCCCUAAUUGUCAUGAAAAAAUAUUCUUAGUCUACAUAUGUUUAGGGUAAUGUAACUAUUAGUUUAAGACAGAAAAUUUAGAAAUGUAUACUAUUUUUUUCAAAUAUUAUUUUUAUAUGUAGUUUUGAGCUAAAAAAGGUUUAGCAACACUAAAUUCUUGAAUCAGUAAUUGAUCAUGUAUGAUGGGCCUCGGCAGUUAACGAAUGGCAAAACAUAUUGGGCCAGUGGAUGUUGUACUUCGGCCCAAUAAUAUAAGCGGUCUACCAAAAAUAUGGGCUUCUGGCCCAAUAGGAUCGACAACAUGUGAAGUCCAGCAAAAGUUUAGCCCUUUAAUACAACAACAACGCAUCCCUUUACUAAUAUUGAUUUUUUUUUUGAAUUUUUAAUAUGAAAUGUUAAGCUAUAUUCCACUAUAAAUUUUGGAAUAUAUAUAUCUUCCUAUUUUGUGUCAAAAAAAAAAAAUAUUCCACUA